UCAACUUGUGCCAACUGCAAAAACCCUUCAUUAAAAGUUUAAAACCCUCUUUUUAAAUGGUUACGUUUUUGCUAGAAACUUCUUUCACUGACUGUACUCUGUAAACCCUUUUACCGUAAAAUGCAUGAUUCUUCCUCCUACAAUCGCCGGUUCCCGGCACCGGCGAUGUAUCACCAGCACAGUUAUCGUCCGUCAAAUAACCGGCCAUGUCGUCCUGGUUAUUAUUCUUCGAGUUACGAGCUUGAUCGGCCGCCGGGACAUUCGCACAAGUCGCCGAAUUUCGUAAUCCAGCUUCGUUCCGGUAACCGGAGAAUCAACCGGUACGCAUUAGAUGCUUUAAUUGAGAAAUUACCGUUUGCCCCACGAAGUUCGUUUGUUUUUAGCAAAGGGUUCCUUUCUGGGUCACUGUCGUAUGAUCAAUGGAGCGAAACGCUUGAAGUGAUUGUGGAAUUAUGGAGAAUGAGGCUUGCAGGCAGCCAUUCGCUUACUCCAUGGGUUAAACGAAACGUUGAGGUUCCAUCUGAUGAGGAUGAAUUGAAGGGUAGGGUAAAAAUGGUAUUUUUGGAGGAGUUGAAAAUGUUGUUAGUAGAGGGUGAAUUGUUACAAAAGCGGAAGAAGAAAUUGGAAUUGUUGCGUGAUGAAAUUACUGAAUUGUCGAGAUUACUGAAGAACAGGAAUAAUUUGAGGGUGUGUAAUGAGUUUCUGAAGAAAAGGGAAGGUCUUGAGAAGGAGAGUGAUUUGAUAAGGAAGAGGAUAGAGGAGUUUAAAACAGGAAUUGAAUGUAUUAUUCGACAUUUGGAGGAGACGGGUUUUGAGGAGGAGGAGGAGGGUUCAAGGGUGUUUAAGAUUGGGAUAGAGUUUGAUUGGAGUAAAAUUCAUUGUUUGAUGAAGAGGGAGUGUCGUAGGCUUGAUGAUGGCUUGCCAAUUUUCGCUUUCCGGCAGCAGAUACUGAGGCAAAUACAUCAUCAACAGGUGACUGUCUUAAUUGGUGAGACUGGAUCAGGAAAAAGUACUCAAUUGGUUCAAUUCCUUGCUGAUUGCGGGGUAACUGGUAAUGGGUCUAUAGUUUGCACUCAACCUCGGAAACUUGCAGCGAAUUCUUUGGCACAAAGGGUGAAACAGGAAAGUGAAGGGUGUUACGAAGAUACCUCUGUCAUCUGCUAUCCGUCAUAUUCAUCUGGUCAUAAGUUUGAUUCAAAGGUAGUAUUUAUGACGGAUCAUUGCCUUCUACAGCACUAUAUGGUCGAUAAGACUUUGUCCAAGAUUUCAUGUAUCAUAGUUGAUGAGGCACAUGAAAGAAGCCUAAACACUGAUCUACUUUUAGCAUUGAUAAAGAAUCUUCUCCUUCAGAGGCUAGAUCUGAGGCUAGUUAUUAUGUCUGCCACAGCUGAUGCAGCCCAGCUUACGGAUUACUUCUUUGGCUGUGGAACAUUCCACGUGGCUGGUAGAACUUUUCCGGUUGAUAUUGAGUAUGUUCCCUGUGAAUCCACUGGAUGUCUUGGUGUUGGCCCAAUCUCGUCCUAUGUGUAUGAUGUUGUCAAGAUGGUGACUGAAAUCCAUGAAACCGAGGGAGAGGGAAUAAUUCUUGCUUUCUUGACUUCUCAGAUUGAAGUUGAGUGGGCUUGUGAGAAGUUUCAAACAUUGUCAGCCAUUGCUUUACCUUUACAUGGCAAACUAUCCUAUGAAGAGCAGCAUAGAGUUUUUCUCAGCUUUCCGGGAAAGAGAAAGGUAAUAUUCACUACAAAUGUUGCUGAGACAUCAUUGACAAUUCCAGGGGUUAAAUAUGUUGUUGAUUCUGGCAUGGUCAAAGAAAGCAGGUUUGAGCCUGGCACUUGCAUGAGUAUUCUCAGGAUAUGCAAUGUCAGCCAGAGCUCAGCUAAGCAGCGGGCUGGCCGUGCUGGGAGAACUGAACCAGGAAGAUGCUAUAGACUGUACUCAGAAAGUGAUUUUGAAGGUAUGUCUCAUCAUCAGGAACCUGAAAUUCGCAAGGUUCAUCUUGGUGUUGCAGUGCUGAGGAUUCUUGCCCUGGGCAUCAAGAAUGUGCAGGAUUUUGAUUUUGUUGACGCACCUAGCCCUAAAGCUAUUGAGAUGGCCACCAGAAAUCUGGUACAGUUAGGAGCUGUUGGGCUAAAAGAUAAUGCUUAUGAAUUAACUAUAGAAGGACACAAAAUAAUCAAGUUGGGUAUUGAACCUCGGUUAGGCAAAUUGAUCCUCAGUUGUUUUAAUCAACAUUUGGGUAGAGAAGGUGUUGUUCUGGCUGCUGUUAUGGCUAAUUCCAGCAGCAUCUUUUGUAGGGUUGGUUCCGAAGGAGACAAGCUAAAAUCUGAUUGCUUGAAGGUGCAAUUUUGCCAUCCAAAUGGUGAUCUCUUCACUUUACUUUCUGUAUAUAGGGAAUGGGAGGCUGUGCCUAAGGAAGGGAAGAAUGCCUGGUGUUGGGAUAAUAGCAUCAAUGCCAAAUCCAUGAGAAGAUGCCAGGAGACUGUGCAAGAACUGGAAGCUUGCCUCAAGAGCGAACUUAAUAUCAUUAUUGCAAGCUACUGGCGUUGGGAUCCUCAGGUGCAUACCGAGCAUGAUGAAACUUUGAAAAGUAUAAUACUUUCUUCACUUGCAGAGAAUGUUGCUAUGUAUUCUGGAUAUGAUCAACUAGGUUAUGAAGUUCCACUCAGUGGGAAGUACAUCCAACUACAUCCAUCCUGUUCGCUGUUAAAUUUUGAUCGACGACCAACCUGGGUAGUUUUUGGUGAAAUCCUUUCUGCAGCUAAUGAGUAUCUGGUCUGUGUUACUGCAUUUGAGUUUAGUCAUCUUUCUGCUCUUAGUCCUUCCCCAUUGUUUAAUUUUCUGGAGAUGGAUGCCCAAAAGCUGGAAAAGAAAGUUUUGACAGGUUUCGGGAGCAUGCUAUUGAAAAGAUUCUGUGGAAAAUCCAACAGUAGUAUCAAUAACCUUGUUUCACGCAUUAGAACUAAAUAUAUGGAUGAGAGGAUUGGCAUUCAAGUUAAUGUUGAUAAGAAUGAGGUUUUGUUAUAUGCUUCAUCCAGUGACAUGGAGAAUGUUUUGGGCCAAGUGAAUGAUGCACUAGAGUAUGAAAGCAAGUUGUUGCAGAAUGAAUGCUUGGAGAAAUGUCUAUUCAGUGGUGGAUCGGCUGCAUCGGCCUCAGUAGUCCUCUUUGGAGCUGGUGCAAUUGUUAAACAUUUGGAGCUUAAGAAGAGAAUCUUGGCUGUUGACAUAUUUCAUUCAAAUACAAAAGCAGUUGAUGAUAAGGAACUGCUGAUGUUUUUGGAGAGAAACACAUCAGGUGAUAUUUGUGCAGUGCACAAGUCCUCAGGUACUGGCCACAACAAUGAGGAGAACAGAUGGGGAAGGGUAACAUUUCUUUCCCCUGAUGCUGCUAAACAAGCUAUGUUGUUGAAUCAGGUAGAAUGUAGUGGUGGCUUUCUAAAAGUUAUUCCUUCGAGGUGUGUAUUUUCUAAUGAUCAAAAGCAGUUCUCCUCUGUCCUCAGAGCUAGAGUAAAUUGGCCUCGUAGAUGCUGUAACGGUGUAGCUAUUGUAAAAUGUGAGCCAAAUGAUGUUGGUUUUAUGGUAAAAGAUUUCUCUUUUGUAAUGAUAGGUGGAAACACUAUCCGUUCAAAGCUAAGCAAUAAGUGCUCUGAUAGCAUAGUAAUAUCAGGACUUAAUACCGAUCUUUCUGAGACAGAGGUACUUGAGGUUUUGAGUGGAGCAACAGAUGGGAAAAUUCUGGAUUUUUUCUUUGUAAGAGGAAGUGCUGUGGAAAAUCCUCCAGUUGCAGCUUGUGAAGAAGCACUUAGGAGAGAAAUAUCCCCCUUCAUGCCUAAAAAAACACCUUUUUUCCAGUCUAUUCGUGUUCAGGUCUUCCAACCAGAACCAAAGGACACUUACAUGCGAGCGUCUAUCAUGUUUGAUGGAAGGCUUCAUCUUGAAGCAGCUCAGGCUUUGGAUCAUAUUGAUGGCAAGGUUUUAUCUGGAUGUCUUCCCUGGCAGAAGAUAAGAUGUCAGCAACAGUUUCAGAGUUCGGUUUCCUGUCCUGCACCAGUUUACCAUGUUAUUAGGAACCAGCUGGAUUCUUUAAUUGCAUGCCUCCAGCGAAGAAAUGGUGUGGAGUGCAAUCUGGAGAGAAAUGAGAAUGGUUCUUAUAGGGUUAAAAUAUCUGCAAGUGCUACAAAGAUUGUGGCAGAAUUGAGAAGGCCAUUGGAGCAACUGAUGAAAGGCAAGAUUGUGGAUCAUGUGGGAAUUUCUCCAACUGUUGUUCAACUUCUAUUUUCUAGGGAAGGGACUAAUAUCAUGAAGAUGGUUCAGCAGGAAACGGGAACCUAUAUUCUUUUUGACAGGCAUAGCCUUUCUGUGAAAAUCUUUGGUUCCUCCGACAAGAUUGAUAUGGCUGAGCGGAAGUUUGUUAACUCCCUUCUGGCACUACAUGAAAGCAAGCAACUUGAAGUGCAUCUUCGUGGAGGACUUUUGCCUCUUGACCUGAUGAAAAGAGUUGUUCAGAGUUUUGGACCAGAUCUUAGGGGUCUCAAACUAAAGGUGCCCGAUGCAGAAUUCUCUCUGAACACCAAGCGCCAUUGCAUCUCAAUCAAAGGUACCAAAGACAUGAAGCAAAAAGUUGAGGAGAUAAUUUCUGAAAUUGCUCAAAGCGGUCUUCCAAGUCAAAUGAUGGACGAUGAGACUGACUGCCCCAUUUGCUUGUGUGAACUGGAGGAUGCGUACAGACUUGAAGGUUGUUCCCACACCUUCUGUCAGUCGUGCUUGCUGGAGCAGUGCGAGUCUGCAAUCAGAAGCCGUGAAGGUUUCCCGCUAUGCUGUAUGCAUAAAGGUUGUGGGGCACAUAUUCUAGUUUCUGAUUUGAGGUCUCUGUUGUCGAGUGAUAAGUUGGAGGAACUUUUCAGGGCUUCUUUGGGGGCAUUUGUAGCAGCAAGUGGAGGUCGCUACCGGUUUUGCCCUACCCCCGACUGCCCUUCACUUUAUCAUGUUACCGAAUCAGGAGAAGUUGGUGCACCUUUUGUCUGUGGUGCAUGUUAUGUGGAGACGUGUACUAGUUGCCACCUAGAGUAUCACCCCUACAUCUCAUGCGAGAAGUACAAGGUGUUCAAGGACGACCCAGAUUUCUCUCUAAAGGAAUGGGCCAAGGGGAAAGAGAAUGUGAAGAAAUGUCCUGUUUGCGGGUUCACGAUAGAAAAGGUGGAUGGCUGCAAUCAUAUCGAGUGCAAGUGCGGAAAACAUGUCUGCUGGGUUUGUUUGGUAUUCUUCAGCAGCAGCGACGAUUGCUAUAGCCAUUUGAGGUCUAUUCACCAGGCCAUUAUAUGAGGUACAGAGAAUUCUAAUUGUGUAUAUAUUCCUGGAGCUUUGAAUCUAUCUAAACAUAUAUAUGUAUAAUAGUAAGCCAACUAUAUAUUCUCCCAUGUAAGUAUGUAUAUAGAUUUCAGUAAUUAUGUGUUCAUAACUUUUACUUUCUUUUGAAUUAACUGGUGUCAUUGAGCCGAGGGUCUCCAGGAAAUAGCCGUCCUACCUUGGUAGGAGUAAGGUCUGCGUACACUCUACCCUCCCCAGACCCCACGUAGUGGGAUUUCAGUGGGUUGUUGUUGUUGUUGUUGUAUUGAUAAGCUAGUUACCUCAAAUAAUUCUUUGAUUGUUCUUUUAGAGUUGAUUGCCU